GGCAACUUCCACUUGUCAUCUUUUCACAGCAGUCCAUCCACUCAAACUUCUUUCCCAAAAUCCAACGAAUUUCUCGCUCCAGUUAUCUCGUAGAAGUGAACACCAUCCACCACAGAAGAACACCGAAACCCAGCAACAAUGGGGAGCAUGGCCUUCGCCGAACUGAGCGAGGCUCUCCUCACCGUCGAUGACCUAGGAAACCCCAUUUAUCUUCAAAAGCAAGACGUGUUACGGGAUAUGGGCAUUGAAACUCCGCCACUACAGAUUGUUCUUAUUGGAGGUCUGUCUUCUGGCAAGACCUCUCUUUUGGAGAGGCUGACAGGAUGCACCUUACCUUAUGACGGCGGGCCUACCACCCGCUUCGCCACUCGACUUACCUUCCGCCGCGAUCCCAUCAAGAGUAUCGUCACAUUCAUCACGCCGAAGGGCUGGUCCCAGGACGAAGACACAGUCAAAAGGCUGAGAUCCUUCCACCACGUGCUUGACAAUCUUGAUGCCAAGACCCUCGCAGAUACAGUCGAGGAGGCAGCAGCUCUUAUGGGCCUUCCAACGGGUUUCGUGGAACAUGAACACGAUGUGUCUCUGUGCGAAGAUAUUUUGGAAAUUGAGAUCUCCGGGCCUGACCAACCUAAUCUUGCAUUUAUCGACACACCGGGUCUACUUGGUGCCGAAUCCCUUGGUCCAGACAAUUCGGGGAAGAAGAAAAGGUCCCUGGUAGACGGCAUUGCACGGAAUCAUCUGACGAACGAACAAACUCUCAUUCUCGCAGUUAUUUCAUCCUUUUCUGACCGCGCCAAAGAAGAUGUUCUGCGACUCGCCAAAGCCGCUGACCCAAAAGGCGUGAGGACGCUAUGCGUCCUGACACAUGCUGAUAUGGUGAAGGGGGAACCUAAAGUCCAGACCAUUCUCGCUCCAGCUCGGGAGGACACACACGCAUUAGGCUGCUUUUGGGUCCGAAAUCGUGGCGCUGACGAAGGUGAGCUUAGCGCUGGCCAGUGCAGGACGAGGGAACUGGCACUUUUUGCUGAAUCUCGACGGGCCAGCUUCUCUAAGCUUGGACGAACCGGUGUUGACGCCCUGAAAAGUGCGUUGCGAAUGCCACUUAAGAAUCUUGCCAACGAAUGUCUUCAAAGACAAAGGACUGAACUCCUAAGGCGUUUGUCUGCCUGCAAGAAAGAGCGUCUGGCGCUAGGUCCACCAAGAGAUACGCCUACUAACCAGCGCGAGUACCUGAUGGAGCGUGUAUCGACAUUUGAGCGGCUGGCUUCUGCCGCGCUGGAAGGCCAUUAUGGCGCUGAUCGACUCUUCACUACAAAUGCUGUGUACAAACUUGUUACGAGCAUCACUGAUCUCAACUACAAGUUUUGCAACGCGAUGCGGAAACGAGGGCACACAUAUUACUUCAAAAAUGAGAAGGAUGAUGAUGGGCAAUUCGAUUGCAAUGUUCAUGGCUUUAUGCAAGGUUUGAGGGAACUUUGCGAAUGGGCUGCUUCUUGUGAAGAACUUGGGGAGUUCCUACACCCUUAUAAGGGAGAAGAAGUCGAUGCCAUGACGAAACAAGAGGAUAGUAUCAUAGCUUACCUGAGAGCGGUGACUUCAGGGCUCCCGCGAGUUGGAAUACAGUCAACUCCUGGAGAAUCAAUCUUCACCAUGAUCUUCCAAGAACAAGCUGAGAACUGGACCCUCCACGCCAACUAUCUUAUGAAAGCGGCCAUCUUUAAUGUGCAUCGCUUCAUCUGCCAAUUGAUGGAAGACGUCUUUGAAGACUCAUGGAUUCGCACAGAGCUCCAAGACCUUCUCAGCGAAAAGAUCCUUAAGGCGUACAAGCGGGCAUGGGACCACAAGGAUUUUCUGGUCAAAAUGGAACUUGGCUGCCGGUCUCAAACAUACAACCCGCACCUGGACGCCGCUAUUUUGAAGAUUGGCCGGGAGAACUUUCGAACAACCUUGAUCGAAUCCUACAACAAUGAAAAACGCCGGCUCCAGCCUGAAUCGGCAUUCAACGCCGCUGUAAAGGUUGCCUUUGGCUCCAGCGGAGUGGAGGAUGAUCUCCAUGAUUUGUUGCAGGCAUACUACACAAUUGCCAUCGACAGAUUUCUCGAUAACGUCUGUCGGCAAGCAGUCAGCUAUUUCCUGCUCGAAGCAGACGACGGCCCGGUGAAGAUCCUCACGGCGGAGUUCAUUGCAAACCUGAGCGACUCGCAGCUGGACAGGAUUGCCGGUGAGGAUGCGAUUACGAGAGCGACAAGGCUGAGUCUUGAUGCGGAGUGCGAGCCUCUGGAGAACGCGCUGAAGGUGCUUCGGGAUUGAAAAGUCGAGGACGUGGACAGAGAAGGCCUGUCAGGCUGGGUUCAUGUAUACGGACUUUCGGUGGGGUGAGAGAAAGGGCCAUGUUUGCAGAGAUAAAUGACCUCAACAAAGUUGUAAGGAUAGAUAUCUUGUUUGGUCACGUAUCAGCAAUGUCUCUACUUAGAUCUUGUUUUUGUAUUCGAUUCUCUAGUUCUUUGGAGAAAAUUGGGGAUGAUGGGCAAGGAAAGCCAUGAGCCCAGGC